CGUACGUGCAGUGGCUGUAAGAUGAAGCAAGAUGGCGGAUAACAAAGGCGAAGAGGAUAUGGAUCCGACUGCGAGCUCGGAGCCAGAACCUCCCGCGGAAGCGAAAAGCCUCUCGGACUCGACACCAGAGAAAGUGGCCUCAACAACGGAACCGGGUUCUAAGGGGGACGCGGACACCGAAGCGUCCGGUAACGCUAACGAGGCACCGACACCCGACGGUGAAGCUAGCAGCAGCGGCGAGGCUGCCGCCUCUACUAGCGGGGAAGCGAACGAUGGCGUCGGCGAGAUCGUUAGCCCGACCGAGCCCAACGGCUCCAACGCGGAGCCGGCGGCGACGGAGUCUCCUGCCGCCGCCGAGGCGUCCCCCCCUCCGGCCGCCGCCGCAGCAGCCUCCACACCGGUCCCCGUCCCGCUGAAUCUGCUGGAUACGUGCGCGGUGUGUAAAGAAAGCCUCCAGAACCGGGACUGUGAGCCCAAACUGCUGCCCUGCCUGCACUCCUUCUGCCUGAAGUGCAUCCCGCAACCGGACAGGCAGAUCAGCGUCCAGGUCCCGGGCCCGCACGGACAGGCCGACACGCACAUAGUAAACGUCAUGCGAUGUUCCAUUUGCCACCAGGACUACAAGCAGACAGACAUCAUUGACAACUACUUUGUUAAAGACACCAGCGAAGCCACCAGCACGGCGGACGAAAAAGCCGCACAGGUUUGCACCAGUUGUGAAGACAACGCUGGGACCAUCGGCUUCUGUGUGGAGUGUGGGGAGUGGCUGUGUAAGACCUGCGUGGAGGCCCACCAGAGGGUCAAGAUCACCAAGGACCACAAAAUCCGCACAAAGGAGGACGCCGACGCCGCUUCUGAACCUGUCAGCCCCUCAGGACAGAGGCCGGUCUUCUGUCCGGUCCACAAACAGGAACCGCUCAAACUUUUCUGUGAGACGUGUGACGCUCUGACCUGCAGAGACUGCCAGCUGCUGGAGCACAAAGAGCACAGGUACCAGUUUCUGGAAGAAGCCUUUCAGAACCACAAGUGUCUCAUUGAGACCAACAUGGCCAAGCUCCACGAGAAGAACAGUUUUGUCCACCAUUCUCUGUCUCAGGUGCAGCACAGGUUAAAGGAGCUGAAUGAGACGCACAGGAAGGUGGAGCACGAGAUCAAAAUCGCCGUUUUUACACUUAUUAAUGAGAUCAACAAAAAGGGCAAGUCCCUGUUGCAGCAGCUGGAGAAUGUGACCAAAGAGCGGAGCAUGCGGCUCGUGGCGCAGCAUAAAGACACCACCCAGCUGGCUCAGCAGAUCACCCACGUUCUCAAGUUCUGCAGCUGGGCCAUCACGUCGGGCAGCAACACGGCGCUGCUGUACAGCAAGAGGCCGAUCAUGUACCAGCUUUGUAAGCUCUUUAAGGCCAGACUGGAACCGGCCCCCCAGUCCAACGGGGUGGUGCGCUUCUUCUGUGACCCCAACUUCUGGGCCAAAAAUGUGGUGAAUUUAGGUAAUCUGGUCAUUGAGAAACCCCCCCCACCGACACAGCCCCACAGUGUGAUGGUGGCGGGACCCCCCAUCUCACCGGGUCAGGGUCUCCCCGGCAAACACCCGGGUCAGAUCAACCUGGCUCAGCUGCGGCUGCAGCACAUGCAGCAUGCGGCCUACGCGCAGCAGAAGCAGCAGCAGCAGCAGCAGCAGCAGCAGAUGCAGCAGCAGAUGCGGUUGGCCUCUCAGAUGUCCCAGCAGCACGCCCGGCAGGGCGGGGGCGGCCCCCCCCUGGUUCAGCAGCCCCCGCGACUCAUCAGUAUGCAGCAGCUUCAGCGAGGACCCGGGGGCAUGAACGGGGGGCCCGGCCCCCCCAUGUACCCUUCCUCCCAUCACAUGCGCCUGCCCGGCCCCCCCCAGAGCCGGAUGGCGGCGGCUCAGCCCAGACCCAACGGCCAGCAGUAUUCCUCCCUGAUGCAGCCUCAGUUACAGAGACAGAUGUCUGUAGAAUCUGAGAUGAGCCACCAAAGGUUUCGUUUCUUACUUCAAUCAGGGCAUUCCAACCCGGGGCAUGCUGGUCCCUUCCCGGUGGCAUCUUUGCAUAACGCCAACCCCACCAGUCCCACCAGUGCCAGCAUGGCAGGAGCCCACGCUCACCGCGGACCCGCCAGCCCGGUCAUCGGCCCCAUCGAGCUGAUCCCCUCCGUCACCAACCCCGAGAACCUUCCCUGCCUUCCAGAGAUCCCACCCAUUCAGCUGGAAGACGCAGGUUCCAGUAACCUUGGACACAUCCUGUCUCGUUACAUCACGGCGAGCACGCAGCUUCACCUGGGCGCCGCCGACCUGAACACGUCUCCAGGGUUACCCACUCUGUCUCCCGGGUCCUCGGGUGUGUCCAACGCUCACACGCCAGCACGGCCCUCCAGCACAUCCAGCACAGGAAGCAGGGGCAGCUGUAGUUCUGCGGGAAGGAUGGGACCUGGAGGCGGAGCCACUGCAGACCCGGUCAGAGUGAAGAAGGAGCCGGGUUCAGAGGACAGUUCCAGCUGCACGGCGUCGUCUCUGAAGACGGAGCGGGGCAAAGACUCUGGCAGGAGUGCCUGCAUGAUGAGCAGUCCAGAGAGCAGCCCGCGGGGGGCCGCAUCCACGGGCCCGGACGGUUCCAGGGGACUCGGGGAGCGGAUCAAAACCGAGCCAGAGACGGAGACACCGUGUUCUGAGCUGAACGGCAUCGGCGCCGCCUCCACCGCAACCACGUCUACCUCCACGGAGCGCAGCCACGGCAAGCCCAAGCUUCUGCUCACCAACGGGAACGCAGGCAAGGAGGCGGAGACCAGCAGGGGCGGAGCAUCUGAGGGGAACCAUGGGGGCAGAGAGGACGACCCCAACGAAGACUGGUGCGCAGUCUGCAUCAACGGGGGCGACCUCCUCUGCUGUGACAACUGCCCCAAAGUGUUCCACAUGAAAUGCCACGUCCCCACCAUCAAAAUCUUCCCCAAGGGGGACUUUCUCUGCACUUUCUGCCGGAGUCUGAGCGUCCCUGAAAUCGAGUACUGUGACGACAACAAAAGAAUCAAAGGGGAGCAGAGCCUGAACCCUGAAGACCAACGGAGAUGUGAGCGCGUCCUGCUGUACAUCUUCUGUCAUGAGCUCAGCAUGGGCUUCAGGGAACCCGUUCCCAGCUCUGUGCCCAACUACUACAAGAUCAUUAAGCAGCCCAUGGACCUGAAGAAGGUGAAGAAGAAGCUGCAGUUACGGAGCUCCCAGUACUACAAAUCUGUCCAGGAGUUUGUGUCGGACAUGCGCCUUAUCUUCAAAAACUGUGCGGAGUACAAUGAGAUGUCUCGAAUAAUCCAGGUUUAUGAUGAGGAGAAAGAGAUUAAUCCACAGGCCGGGUCGGAGAUGGCCAUUUCCGGGAAGGCGGUGGGUCUGUACUUUGAGGAGAAGCUGCAGGAGAUGUUCCCGGGCCAGAACUUCCCCGAAACUCCAGAAGCCGAGCCCCCGGAUGAGAAGGAGCGGGAGGAGGAGACGGAGGACUCGGAGGACGACUUCAUACAGCCCCGACGCAAGCGGUUGAAAACGGACGAGAAGGUGGUCCACAUCAAAUAGUGACUGAACCAGGAGUGAAGACCGUCUUCCCGCCUCCCUCACUCCCGUUUCUUCAGGAAGAGGAGGAGAGCUCCUCACAAACAGCGGUUCAUCCUACGGUUGCCUUUGGAAGAACUCCCAUCUACAACAUUGUACAGACGAUGAAGCUGGACUGGUUUUGCAGUAGUGGACUUUGGGUUGUUUUUCUUAUCCCUUUGUAGAUUCAUGUGAUUCUUUUCCCUCAAUCCCGUGUUCUGUUUGCUGUAUCAUACGCUUUGAGAUGACUGUGGAGAUGUUCUGUAAAUAAGAGACGGCCCCUCUGAAGAUAUUCUACGCUAUGGAUGUUUUAGUGCGUCGUCAAUAAAACUUGUUGAGAUAUAUGGCA